AUGGUCUCGUCUACAGGUCAAAGGUUACAACAAAAAGGCGGGAAAUUUGUUGGCGUCCUAAAAUUUUAUUGUGCGUAGAUUCCACAGCAUUUCUGAAGUAAACAGCCCUUUUAUUGACGUCUCUUACACCCUUGAUGCUACAUAACAGUCUUAGAUAGCUUUUUGGCUACUUUCUGACGUAAUUUUCGCGAAAACAGAGCCUAAAACUACCGCGGUCUGACGGGAAAAUAAGAUCCCAAAAUGUCGUCUGACGUUCCCGUCAGUAAUUCCUCAUCACCCGACUGGAAGAGACCUCCGAAAAUCCUCACAAUCAAACGAAGGAAGAAGAACGGACAGCCAACUAGCAAGCUAACCGUCCCAGACGGUGUCUUGAAGACGAGAAAUGUCUCAGAAGACUCCAGGAUGAAGGCGAAAAGGAGAAACCCUUUUGGUUGUGGCUCCGUCCCGAAGAGAUCGAAUGUUGGGAAGUGUGAUGAUUCUGUGCGGACAUUGUCGUCUGAUAGAGAGGAAGACAAUGGUGAUGUGGAGGGGAAACUUCUGGCAGGGUUGUCUCAACUAGAAGAGGAUCAGAAACUGCAGAUAUCUUCAGACACUCCUGAUGUGUGUCCUACUACUACUACUACUUCUACUACUGCUGCUACUACUAGCACAUCAGAGGAUCUAUACAAUGUCUGUCCAAAUCCAUCUCAACCACAAAAAGACAGCCAAGCAAAGAUUGAUGAUGAAAAUGCUGAAAGUUCGACAAAACCUGGGAGCCGUGAACUCCCUGAAGAUUUGAGCCUGAAGUCACGAGUGAGGUUCACCUCCCCCCAUCCCUUCACAUGGUGCAGUAGGAUCAGGACUACAGACCAGGCUGCUGGGGUCUGUGGGUUUGUCAGGUGCCAGGACAGACACACACUGGCAGAUCCUGAAAGUCAGGCUUCCAGUUUCCAACAGUGUGUGAUGACAUGGAUCCAUCCCAACCUACCCUGGCUCAGACUCUUCCCUAGGAUGGUUUCCACUAGUAGGAAGAUGGACAGCAAAGGGACACCAUCAACCAUAAUCCCUCACAUACAAGAGGCACUGCUUUCUGACUGGACCAACAGUUUCCGGUCAGUGUUCCAGCUGCUUAAGGCCCAGAUGUGUCCGUAUUUCUAUGUGUGUGGACACCAAUUCACAGUGCUGUUCCAUGGAGUUCAGAUAGGGGGCACUAAAUCCUUGGGUGCACUAUUGACUCCAACAUCAAGGGGACUCAGGGAGGCUCUGGAUAAUGAAGGAGUCAGCUACAAAAUGCCCCUAGCAGCCAGACCAGCUGUCCAGUCUGGUGGUUCAGGUCCCAGCAGAAAGUUGAGCACAGAUGCACAGCAGGAAGAGACUGGUAGUGAGGCAUGUCCUGAGAAAAAUGAACCCAGAGAUGACAUGAGCGAUGAUGAUGAUGAUGAUGACAUCACCAUAGAUGACUCCGGAGCCUCCUGCUGGUUAGAGAGUAUGGGACUAGACAAGAGCAGCUUUCCUGAGCUGGACCCUAGGAAGGUUAAAGUCCAGAGAACCAAGAUGAAGAGUGUGGACCAUUUCCCAGAAUCCCUUGUGCAGGUGGAGGGGGGCGACGCCCAGGCCCUCUUCAACUUCCUCAUCAACAGUAAGAGUCUGGUCAGCCAAUCAGGGCCUCUGGCUGGGGUCCCGCCCACCAUUCUGGCUCCUGUGGCCUUUGAAGGAGCAACUCUGCGGGCACUCAAGGUAAAACAAGGCAGCAUCAGACAGACCAUAGCUGGUAAACUGACCCAGGUCAACAGCCUGGAGGUCAGUGGCCCCUUGCUGCCCCUCCAUGUGAGACAGCUGUGUUCGCUGUUCCAACACUCCCAACAUGGUGAGUUCAGUGCCACGUUCAGCACUCACGAGGCAACGGCCGCGUUCAACCGUAUCGAGGAUGGAGAGUCCGGGAUGGAAGAAGGGCAUAGUCCGAGGAAGGAACUCAGUAUUGAAGACAUUAAGGAGCUUGUGUGUGAGAGUGGUUUGUACAAGUGGACAUCAUGAUAUUCUUUUAGACCA